GUUCAAAGUGUCUGAAUAAAACCAGAAACUCAAUCCGUUUGAUCCGAACAAUCUUUGAAGCCGCAACGUUGUCUCAUCCAUAACACGUCCCAAUUGACAUUCAUGAACAACCAUUGAGAGCCAUUGAGAUAUACAAACGACAAGAUGACCAAGAUUCUCCUUACAGGCGGCUCCGGCUUCAUCGCCGCCCACAUCCUCGAACAGCUCCUCGCGCGCGGCCACUCCGUCGUGACGACCGUCCGCUCAGAGGACAAGGCCCAGCGCAUCCGCGACGCCCACAAGGACCUCGACGCCUCCCGCCUCCACGUCGCCAUCGUCCCGGACAUUGCGCGCCCCGACGCCUUUGACGAGGUCGUCAAGACCCCCGGCCUCGAGGCCGUCCUGCACACCGCCAGCCCCUUCCACUUCAAGUGGACCGACGCCCAAAAGGAGCUCAUCGACCCGGCCGUCGUCGGCACCACCGCCAUUCUCAAGGCCCUCAAGCGGGACGCGCCGGGCGUCAAGAGGGUCGUCGUCACGUCGAGCUUCGCGUCCGUCAUUGACGAGGCCAAGACGGAGGACCCCAACACCAUCUUCACCGAGGAAUUCUGGAACCCCGUCACCGUCGAAGAUAUCGGGCGCAGUCCCGCGACGGCGUACCGCGCCUCCAAGAAGCUCGCCGAAAAGGCCGCGUGGGACUUUGUCAAGGACGAGAAGCCCGGCUUCGACCUCGUCACGCUCACUCCCCCCCUCGUGCUGGGCCCCGUGGUGCACCACUUUGCGGACCUCGCCAGCAUCAACACCUCCAACGAGCGGGUCGUGGACUUGGUCAAGGGCAAGUGGAAGGACGCCGUGGCGCCCACGGGAGCGGCGUACCUCUGGAUCGACGUGCGGGACCUGGCGCUCUCGCACAUCCUGGCGCUGGAGAAGCCCGAGGCCGGCGGCAAGAGGCUCUUCACGACGGCCGGGUGGUUCAGCAACGCCGAGAUUGCGCAGGUGGUGAGGAAGAACUUCCCCGAGCUGAAGGACAGGUUGCCCGCGGAAGGCACCAAGGGAGGGGAGCUGCCGCCCAAGGAUAAGGUGUACGGGUACGACAACAGCGCGACGGAGAAGAUUCUGGGUAUCAAGUGGAAGAGCCUGGAGGAGAGCAUCACUGAUUUGGUCAAGGAUAUCAAGGGGUUCGGGAUCUAG